AACUGAAAACAGUUCGACGUGCCUCGGGGUCAAAAUGUAAUUGUACAGUACCAGAACAUUUCUCUUCCAUUUUGGUGGUUACUCUGGACACGACCAGCCAUUUUUGCUGAAAUUAGACUCAUCUCUUUGGCUACGGAACACUUCAUUCGGAGUAUGCCCCAGCUUGCCUCGGAUGCGCACAUAAAAUCACAACCUGUCCACAUUUUCUCUUUAACUUGCCAGUGUGGGCGUCUUUGGUCCUAGGCCUAUUACCACGAUAACCUGUGUGGUGUCUUUGGUCGUAUUGUAGGGACAUGUAUUGACUGGCGGGUGCACUGUGACUCUCCGCUAAAUCAUAAGGCCACAAGUACGCGACUUUGAUGCUUGGAAGCAAGAUAUAAGAGUUACCUACCUUGGCAUUGCACCAGAGGGCGUCGUACCCGGAAGCAGCUGAGAGAAACCCACGUUGACAUCAACAUAUGGAAACAUCAACUGUGAACUGUCUUGAAAACUGAUUAUCGGAUUAUGGGGUCUGCUUUCAUUAUUCUUGGGACGUCGGUAUUAGCCGUGUUAUUGGCAGGCUACUGGGCUCAGAGGUACCUACCACCACCAAAACCCAAAAUAGUUGGGAUUGAUCUGGGGACCACCUACUCCUGUAUUGGCAUGUAUCAUGCAGUGUCGGGGGCAGUGGACAUCCUCCAGGUGCAAAGUGGGAAGAAGUGCAUACCCAGCGUUGUUGCCUUCAGUGAGGAGGGUGUUGUUGUGGGGUUCAAGGCAGUGGCCCAGGCAGAACACAACCCCCAGAACACUCUGUAUGAUGCCAAGAGGUUCAUCGGGAAAGUCUACCGCAAAGAGGAACUACAGCAGGCUCAGAAACAAUACCCCUUCAAGCUGGAGGCUGAUGAGCUGGGGAUGGUGCACUAUGUCGUCGAGGUGAAUGGCACAGAGAAGAAGAUCACCCCUCAAGACGUCGGCUCUAUUAUCCUAGAUACUCUGCGGAUUGCCUCAGAAGCUAAUCUCAGUGCUCCUGUGACUAAAGCGAUACUGUCAGUCCCAGCAGAGUUUGACGCCAUGCAGAGAAACUACACCAUCAAAGCUGCGGCAUUAGCAGGUCUGGAGGUGUUCCGUGUGAUCAAUGAACCGACAGCUGCAGCUCUGGCCUACGGUCUACACAAGAAGUCUGACCUUCAGACCGUACUUGUGGUGGACCUUGGAGGAGGAACUCUGGAUGUGUCCCUUCUCAACGUGCAGGGAGGAAUGUUCCUCACGCAGGCCAUGGCUGGGAAUAACCGGCUCGGGGGGCAGGACUUCAAUCAGCGCCUGCUGCUGUUCCUGAAGGAUGCCAUUGAGAAGACGUACGGUCAGAAGCUGACUGACCGCGAGGACCUCCAAGUCCUGAGGAUGCAGGUAGAACAGGCUAAGUUGGACCUAACCUAUAAACAAUCUGUGAACAUCGUCAUUACGUUACACUCACUAGGAAACAAAGUGUUCAAGGAAGCUAUCCCAAGGACGUUGUUUGAAAAGUUGAAUGAUGAUUUAUUCAACAAAGUUUUAGAACCUAUAGACAGGGUGUUACAAGCAGCGCAUCUCACUCGGGAAGAUGUGGAUGAGAUUGUGUUGGUCGGAGGGUCCACAAGGAUACCAAAAGUUAGAGAACUGAUACGGGACUAUUUUGGAAAACAGCCAAACACGGCCAUUGAUCCUGAACUAGCCGUGGCUACUGGAGUGUCCAUACAAGCAGGAAUCAUCGGAGGAAUGUGGCCUCUGACAGUCAGUGCCGUUGAAUUGCCGACGAGGGUGAAGAAGAUACAGAUUAAUUGAUGAGAGGUGUGUCUAGUGAGGGCAGGAUAUCGUCAGGCCAUGCUGUUAUUUUCCAUAUAAGUCACAUACAUACCUUAUGUAUCAAAAGCAGUUUUAGAUUUUAAAAACAUUAGGCUCAUGAGUUUUCAAAUUUGAAAUCCUAACAUGCUGUACAAUACUGAUGUGUAACUUGGAACAUUUAUAUGUUUUAUUUUAUGAGUUUAUAGUAUGACUAGUUUCAUGAGCUUUCAGAGUGGUCACAAGAUGUUUGUUCAAUCAAAAUGUCAGUUUACUACAAACAUAACAAUCCAUCUCUUAACACUGAUGAAGGUUCAGGUAAAAGUGGUAGAGAUCCUGGUUAAUGGUGACCAGAUAUACGUGAGGGCAGUGUUGUGGAUGUAUUUGUACAUAUUAGGAAGUGAUCAGUAGCAGAAUUGUUAUUGUGACCAUAAAUUUGUUUACAAUGUUGAACCAAGAAUGAUUUAAUUUAUUAGUGAUCCUCAAGUCCUAAUGAUAAUAUUUUUUUAAUACGAUGUUACUAUUUGAAUUCAGGAAUUUAGUAAUCAUGUGCUGGGAGUGUAGAGUUCCAACUUGUUCAAACCAAACUGACAAAGCGCUAUCGUGUUCCUUGUAAGGUACGACUCUACUUUUGAUUGGGAUGCUGAUAUAUUGCUCACUAUUUUCAUAUUAUAUUCAUGUAUAUUGUUGGAGCCUCAUACAAACUAUCCCUAUGUGAAGUUGAGCUGUAUGUUUACACUCCUGUCGUUCUUGUACUGCUUGCCUCCUGUACAGUAUAGUUAUGGGAAAGACCUGAUUACCAUGGUAACCAGUCGACAUUGUUUCAAGCACAGCUGGAUCAGUGUGAUGACUUUAAUUCCCACAAAUAUGAUGCUAAUGAUAUUUUUGGACAAAAGGGAAACUGAAUGAUCCUGUUUUACCUGAAAAUAACAGGACACCUCCCUGAUGUUUUAGAAAUUGGAGAACCAAUAUUUGGUUUCUCCAGCUAAACAUUGGAGGCCUGACAGUUGGUACAAUAUUUGAUAUCUUGUUAUCUUGAAAGUGAGUUGUGGUCCUCAUCACCCUAUUGCUUGUAAGAGGCAACUAACGGGCGGACUAUUGUUGAUGCUGUUCUUACUGGUCUGUAGAAAAAACUUAAUGCAUUUGAUCAUCAGGCUCACAAACUACAGUGAUGAUGUAUCAAAAUACCACAAGGCAUGAUCGUGGCUCAUUACAUCAAUCACUGGUUUGUGUGGUUCAUAUUCAUUUUUUUGCAGGUUGCCAUCAUAUAGAUGAAAUGUUGAGUGCAGCUUUAAACAUGUUAACAAAGGAUAAAAAACAAACGCAUGCUUCAGGAGAUCUAGUCUUGUGUGUUAGUCAGGUAAUCAUCUGUGUGUUUGUGUACCAGUGAUUAAAUAUAAUGAUCACUUGUUCAGUUUGUAAUACCAGUGAGUGAUGUGUCAAGUCAUAUGUAAUAAGAAGAUAUAAAUUAUUUUUAUCACAGUAAUCAUGGUAAUAUACACCAACAAUGUUGUCAAACUCGGAUCAUUUACUGAUAACAGUGUUAGAACCUGUGCUGAAAUAUCUGUAUUAAGACAGAAGGGAGUUCAUCAUCCAUCUGUCAUGUUAGUCUCUAGUCAUUAAACAUCUGUGGAUAUAUUGACAUAUGCUCUGAUUAGUUGGGCAUUGGGAAGACGAGGGUUUUCUUGUCAAGAGUUCUAUCCCUUUGAUGCCAGGAUCUGCUUGUCAUUGAUUUGAUUCCUGGAUAUGUAUCGGUCAUGUCGCUACCAUCUUGUGCUUAUGGCUUUCACUUAACAUACAUAAGGCCAUUUGGGCAGGUUGAAACAAAAUCCAUUGGAGCACUGCUUCAAAACAUGUUUUUGCCUUGGACAGGCAGAACCAUACCAAUGUAUUCGACUCACUACACACCAAUUGACGUUCUUUGUGAAAUAUAUUUCAAAGUUAUUUUUACACGUAUCUUAAAUAAUAACAUCUGUAACAUCAUCAUGAUUGUGUUAGACUUUCCAACCCAAUGAUACAUGACACAGUGUUUUUCUCAACUUGCUCAGUUCAUCAGCCGUGUUUCCAUGACUUUACAUUAUGAUCAUAAUUAUGAUGACUGUUGUCGGGAAGUUGAUGUUCUUGUUUCACAAACAGAUAAAUACAGAAAAAUUAUAGACGA